AUGGCCCACCGCAUCAUCACACAAGUCGUCUUCUCCGGCGCCCGAAUAAUAGGUCGUGCGGUAUCCGAAUCCUAUCGUCAAGCAGCCGCCGCCCAAAAAUAUGCCGCCGCCAGCCAGGGUAGUGGGGGCAGCGGGAGCGCCUUCUCCUCUUCCAACAUCACCAUGGACGAAGCCUGCUCGAUUCUCAACGUAGGGCCUGGCAAAAUGGGCAAUAUAGAGAUGGAAGUGGUGACCGAGCGUUUCAAGAGGCUUUUCGACCUAAACGACCCGAAGAAGGGCGGGAGCUUUUAUCUGCAGAGCAAGAUUUUGAGGGCGAGAGAGAGGAUUGAGAGGGAGCUACAGGCACAUCAGAGGGCGGCAGAGAGAGAGGCCGAGUUGAGUAAAGGGUUCAAACCGAAGCUUACCAAGGAAGACUGA